GCGAAAGUAAACUUAUAAAUGGACGAAACUCAUACACAUUUUCUAUAUUUUGUUGUGUUGCUCUUAAUUUCAAUCAUAGACAUCGAAACAAAACAAUUUUGUUUAUCAUAUGUGGAGAACUAUAAUGAAAUUGAUUACGGGUUGAGACAAAUCAAAGACAAAAACGAGUCCAACUCUUUCCUAUUCAUUGAUAACCACUAUUGGGAUCUCGAUUUCAUCGACGACAGCGACGAUAAUAAAAAGACAGUUAAUCUAUGGAUGACUGAGAGUAGAAAAUCUAUUCACUGGUUUGGCGGACACUAUUCAAUGGCAUUUGCAUUGUGGAGACCCGGAACCCAACGGAGAUCCUGUGUUUUUGCACUCAUUAAUGGUAACAAAACAUUGGUUGACUUCAGAGUACGGGUCGGACACAUAGGAAGGGAGCAUAAAGUCAAAGAAUACCAGAAAGUGAUUGAGACUCCCAUAGAGUUCAUUGAUUUGAAUCCGAGCAUCGCUUUUGUGCCAAACAGAGAGCAAUAUUUGGGAAGACUUGUGGUAUUUGUAGAGCGAAAGCGAUUGGAUCCUCAAAAAUUUCAAAUCAUCAGCAAAGUCUAUGAAUUUGAUGACAACUACAUCGGCACUGAAGUCUCAAAUAUCAGUCAAUUGAAUGACACGAAUCCCAUAGCUCUCAAUGAUUUAGACCCAGAAUUAGAUGUGAUAGCGAUUAUGGCUCAAAUGGAUCGGUCGGGAGUUUAUGGACUCAUUAUUGUGUUUAGCGUGAUAUAA